AUGAAGAAUGUCACUGAAGUUACUGUAUUUGUGCUGAAGGGCUUCACAGACAAUCUUGAGCUGCAGAUCAUCUUAUUCUUCCUGUUUCUAGCAAUCUACCUGUUUACUCUGAUGGGAAAUUUGGGACUGGUUGUAUUGGUCGCUGGGGAUUCCCAGCUCCACAACCCCAUGUACUAUUUUCUGAGUGUGUUAUCAUCCGUGGAUGCCUGCUAUUCUUCAGUAAUUACCCCCAAUAUGUUAGUAGAUUUUGUGUCAAAGAAUAAAAUCAUUUCAUAUCUUGGAUGUGCAACACAGAUGUUUCUCUUUGUUACUUUUGGGACCACAGAAUGCUUUCUCUUGGCUGCAAUGGCAUAUGAUCGCUAUGUAGCAAUCUACAACCCUCUGCUGUAUUCGGUUAACAUGUCAGCCAGGGUCUAUGUGCCACUCAUCAUUGCUUCCUAUGUUGGUGGAAUCUUACAUGCUACUUUACACACAGUGGCUACUUUUAGCCUAUCCUUUUGUGCAUCCAAUGAAAUCAGACACGUCUUUUGUGACGUCCCUCCUCUCCUCGCCAUUUCUUGUUCUGACACUCACACAAACCAGCUUCUACUCUUUUACUUUGUGGGCUCUAUUGAGAUGGUCACUAUCCUGAUUGUCCUGAUCUCUUAUGGUUUCAUUCUGGUGGCCAUUCUGAAGAUUCAUUCUGCUGAAGGGAGACGAAAAGUCUUUUCUACAUGUGGCUCUCACCUAACUGGAGUGUCAAUUUUUCAUGGUACAGUUCUUUUCAUGUAUGUGAGACCCAGUUCUAGCUAUGCUUUGGAUCAUGACAUGAUAGUAUCAAUAUUUUACAGCAUUGUGAUUCCCAUGCUGAAUCCUAUUAUCUAUAGUUUGAGGAACAAAGAUGUAAAAGAGGCAAUGCAAAAAAUGUUUAGGAAAAAAUGGUUCAUCACUAAAGUAUAUGUUCGCAAUAAAAAUUAA